CGGCGCCAAGAUGAGUGGAGAGGAGAACCCAGCCAGCAAGCCCACGCCGGUGCAGGACGUACAGGGCGAUGGGCGCUGGAUGUCCCUGCACCAUCGGUUCGUGGCUGACAGCAAAGAUAAGGAACCCGAAGUCGUCUUCAUCGGGGACUCCUUGGUCCAGCUCAUGCACCAGUGCGAGAUCUGGCGGGAGCUCUUCUCUCCUCUGCAUGCACUUAACUUUGGCAUUGGUGGUGACGGCACACAGCACGUACUGUGGCGGCUGGAGAAUGGGGAGCUGGAACACAUCCGGCCCAAGAUUGUGGUGGUCUGGGUGGGCACCAACAACCACGGACACACAGCAGAGCAGGUGACUGGUGGCAUCAAGGCCAUUGUGCAACUGGUGAAUGAGCGACAGCCCCAGGCCCGGGUUGUGGUGCUGGGCCUGCUUCCGCGAGGCCAACAUCCCAACCCACUUCGGGAGAAGAACCAACGGGUGAACGAGCUGGUACGGGCGGCACUGGCUGGCCACCCUCGAGCCCACUUCCUAGAUGCCGACCCUGGCUUUGUGCACUCAGAUGGCACCAUCAGCCACCAUGACAUGUAUGAUUACCUGCAUCUGAGCCGCCUGGGCUACACACCUGUUUGCCGGGCUCUGCACUCCCUGCUUCUGCGUCUGCUGGCCCAAGACCAGGGUCAAGGUGCUCCCCUGCUGGAUCCCGCACCCUAAGCAUCCUGCUGCCUUCCCACAACAUUAAACUCUCCUUCCUCAG